UACCAAACCGCCAAGCGGGUUAAAGUUGAAAGUUGAGAGUUAGUGUCAAACAUGGUAGCUGCUGUUGGGAAGCUCGCACUACUGAAUCCAUGUUUACUUAGUAUAAUGUAGGUUUCUGCCAAUCUAAAACUCCGGGAAAAUGUUUUAGCUGUCAAAUCCGGGGGGUGGGGGGGUUUAUUUGUUAAGUGUUUUUGUUUUGAUUUUAUUUUGAUGUUUUAUUCCAUUCCCCCUCCGUGUUUUUAACUUUCGUUGUUGGUGCUGCCAGUAGCUGACUCUUGAUCGGGACAGAGCUUUUUUUCACGCAGGUUGCCAUGGCAUCGCUGAGGGGGAUCUACUUCCUGACCACCCUGUUCCUGGGUAGUUUCUUCGGCAGUGUAUUCAUGCUUGCCCCCUUCCUGCCUCUCAUGCUGAUCUCUCCUGCCUGGUACCGCUGGCUGACCGACCGCAUCGUGGCCAUCUGGCUCACUCUCCCUGUGGCUCUCUUGGAGAUGGUGUUUGGUGCGAAGGUGGUGAUCACGGGCGAUGGCUUCAUCCCUGGCGAGCGCAGUGUGAUCAUCAUGAAUCACCGCACACGCCUCGACUGGAUGUUCCUGUGGAACUGCCUCCUGCGCUACAGCUACCUGCGGCUGGAGAAGAUCUGCCUCAAGGCCACGCUCAAGGCAGUCCCUGGAUUCGGCUGGGCCAUGCAGGUCGCUUCCUUCAUCUUCAUUCACAGGAAAUGGGAGGACGACCAGCGCCACGUAGGGGCCAUGUUGGAGUACUUCUGUGCCAUCCGAGAACCCCUGCAGCUGCUCAUCUUCCCCGAGGGCACCGACCUGACAGCUAACACUCGGGCGCGCAGCGAUGUAUUUGCAGAGAAGAACGGGCUGCAGAAGUACGAGUAUGUGCUGCACCCUCGGACCACCGGCUUCACCUUCAUCGUAGAGAGUAUGCGCAAAGGUGAUAACCUAGACGCUGUCCACGACAUCACAGUGGCGUACCCUCAGAACAUACCCCAAACAGAGCGGUACCUGGUGACGGGGCAAUUUCCCCGCGAGAUCCACUUCCAUGUGCAGCGCUACCCGGUGAAGGCUCUGCCCGAGGGCACGGCGGAGCUGCAGGACUGGUGCCAGGAGCGCUGGCGAGAGAAGGAGCAGCGCCUGCGGGACUUCUACACCGGGGGGCACUGUUUUGACACCUCUGGCCGCAGCCGCAUCCCGCCCUGCAAGUCCGAGUUGCGGGUGAUGUUGAUCAAGAUGGCCUCUCUGGUGUACUGGACGGGCUUCAUCACGCUCUCCUUCGCGGCACUCUACUACUUCAGCCUGCUGCGCUACUACCUGUUGCUCGUCACAGUGUUCUUUGUGGCUCAGGAGAGAGUGGUCGGGGGCCUGGAGGUGCUGGAGCUGGCCUGCCAUCGCUUGAGGAAUCUCCCGGAGAAAGCAGCAGCAAGCGAGACAGAGAAGAGCAAGUAAGGGAGUGAGGAUGAGGAGGAAACGGACAAACUGACGUUCUCAGAACAGCAGUUCAAUCUGAGGUACCCGCAGAUGAGCAGUGAGGUGGCUGCUCGCUUACUCCUCCACCACGCUUAGGACUAAACAAGGCACUAUGGGGAGAACCAGGAGUGAAAAUAGGAAUGCACCUCACAGGCUGCCAUCCAUGAGUUUAGCAGGACCCAGACUGAACUCGUUUAUUAUAGUCAUGUUUUUCUCUGUUUGUUUUUUUUAGAUUGUGCCACUGGUAGGUUUGACGAUCGAGAGCAAACACCUUUAAUUUUGUUUGUGUUGUGGAUACAAGGAAUAGAGCCAUACUUGCACACGAAUGCACGCACGCAUGCAUACAUUUUCAAAGUUCUGCUUUCACUCAUACUGUUAAACAUAAAUUAGGCGGCCGGGAGUAAAUUGUUGAUUCUGCAACAGGUGGCAGGGGCUUUAGCACUUCAGUUAAUUCUUUGUUUCUGACCAGCAGCUGACCAGUUGCAUCCGGGGUGGAGAUACCCAAGCUAAGGAAAAUCACAAUAAAUGAAAUAAGUGACAAUCAUACCUGACUUUGAAUAUCUCCUCCCCACUCAAUCAUGGCUUGUCAUCAGCUCAGCUGGUCAGAAAUGAUCGUAAACUCACAAAGUGGUGAGACUAGUUCUUGGUGUAUAAUUAACAGAAACCUAUUCAAAUACAUUACUCUAAAAAGCAAGUAAUUUAGUAUGAUAUCGUUGUGAACCCCUAAAAAAUAAGUCAGAAAGGAGCAAGUUUACACCACCUUGCCUUUGUCCCCAUGUCCAGCCUCUUAUUCAGUAUCACAGAGAGCCAACCACAUGUCAUUCCCCUUCCCACCUUGCUGUAGUACCUCCCCGGCUGGGUAAAUUAAAGAGGGACUGGCUACCAGGUGGGGCUGAAACACAAUGCAACGGUAGCCAUUAACGUAGCUGCUUCUGGCACCCCCUAACAAAAAUAUUGCGUUUUCAUUCGACAUGCAUGACUCAAGACUUUACCUACACUGGUCUGUGCCAUGCUAAUAAUACCAGGUGGGCAUGGGGAGCUGGCCUUAUGAUGAGUACUGUAGCCAAAGGGAUUUGUAAUGGAAACAGAUCAGCACAGUUUAGCCUAACCUGGGAAUCUUCUGUCCGAUUGGUCUGCUGGAACUGUAGCAUACUUACACAGGGAACAGUUUCGCCCAGGAUGGGGGGUCUGCUCUCAGGACCCUUGGGCCACAUUCAAUCCUCCACCCUGGAACCCUCUGUGUCACAGUUUGUCCUCUAACCUCGCUGUGCCUUCUCUACGCACAGUAACACUCCCUCUGAGAAACACUGCUGCCGUCCUGCCUCUAGAGCUGUAAUGGGGUCUCGUGCUGGUUAAACGAGAAAUAAUUAAAUCAAAUGUUUUUGAAAAAUGCAAUGAGAUCAGUUAGAAUCUGACCAGACCCCUCUCUCCUUUAAAUGGCCCUGCUUACCUGUCUUCUACUAAGUAGGUGAUUUUUCUUUAGCGGAAGUACAGCCCUCACUAAACAUUACAUAAGAACAUAAGAAUAUAAGAAAGUUUACAAACGAGAGGAGGCCAUUCAGCCCAUCUUGCUCGUUUGGUUAACAUUGCUGUAUUUAAGUAUGCAAAGCAUUGGGUGGAUCAAUAGAUGGAAACCAAGUUUAGAAAGAAAUGGUAGGGAGAGCAGUAGUCUUGUAUUAAUUGAUCCCAUCACAUUUUAAUUUAAAAUAAAUCUCAUUGCACUCAAAAGUAGAAAUGUACAGUAGACCUUAUAAUGGUAGCUGGAUAUCCUGGUGUUUUGUAACCCUCUAAAGGUGUUGCUAAGAUGUAAAGGUACAAAUGAUCUGAACUGAAAUGAAUCUGAAGAAUUGGGCAAAAGUGAAGAGACCCACAACAGCCAGGCUUACUGUGUAUUACAAUAUUAUUCCAAUAUAUCGUAGACCCUGAUAUUGAUGUGAUACAGCCAUCUGAAAUGUCUUCGCAUCAGAUGUAAAUGGUGUUGCAUUAAAAGUAGCUGUACUGUUUAUUCUUAUGUAACUAUAUAUUAUAAAAGGUAUUACAGGGUGCUGUGUACGAUACAAGCUGAUUUGCACCCACUCAAGGUCAGAGUGGCCAGUAAGCCCACAUGUGGCAAAGCCGCUUGUGGAGUGGGUAUCAACUUGUAUCAUACAGCUCCCUAUACCAUAUUAAAUAUGUAAUACACAUUGAAACAAUGCACACAGCUUUCUUAUGAAAUCAGAGGGGGUCGUAGGAAACCAAGCAGCUCCUUUUGGAAUUCCUGUGAAUUUUUAAAGCCAUUGUUUUAAAUUGUUAGCAAAGUGCAAAAUGCUUUUUUUUUUUUUUUUUUUUUUUUUUUUUUAGCAGCUUAUUUUAGAAAUGCAAAAAUGCGACAAGUCACGCAGUUUUGGGCUCUUGUGUGUUUGCUGACUCUGUAUCUUCAAUUUGAUGUACUGGUACCAGUGAAUAUGAGGUUUGUAGCAAAGUCUCUGAUCAUACUGUAUGUAUUCUGUGGAAGAAAACAAACAAAUUAGGUACAAAUUCUAUAUAAAUGCACCCUAGAAUGUAAUAAUAAUAAGCAGGGGUUCAGAUAUCACUUCUGACAACUACCCUCAUGAGUGUUUAUUGCACAUGACAUAUUAUUUCACUUCAAAUUCACAGUUUUUAUUGCAUGAAGUUUCCAAAUCGCUUUUCUUUGUAGAAUAAGAUUGAAAAUCGGAAUGAUAUUGGCACUCUUGAGCUAGAAAUAGUCCUGUUUGCAUUAGAUUUUAAAACUUCAGGAAAAAACAAUCGCUGGCUGGAGAUACAGCUCAGAAUAAAACCAUUUUAAACAUGCUUGUUUGUACUGUACAAUCUGUGUAUGUCAAUUAAGUUGCAAACUGUCACCUUCUGUAAAUCACUGCUGAAUCUUUGAGAUUAAAUUUAAUUGUUUUAAGAUACACCAAUUUAACGUGUAAAUAUGCCAUCACUGGUCUCUUAGCACCCGUCGAGUUAAACACCCACAAUCAGGUCUCAGUUCAAGCACCACUUUCUGCCAGAUUGGAGCUGCAAAACCCAAUGGGCCCCAGCAUCGUGGGGUGGGUGGGUUUUGUGCUUAUGUCAAAUAUAUUUGGGAGCAUGUCGGGCUGCCAAACAUUCAGCCAGGAUUAAAAUCCGGUUCUUACUGUAGGAAUGAGUCUGAAGAGUGUCUGAACCCCUGCUAUUGAGAUCUCUCUGAAUGUAGAAGCGUACAGUGGCAGGGCUGGUUCGGGUGAUGGGUUUGUGUCUGUUCAGUUCAUGAUGCUGUGGGACUGGUCUCUAGUAUAGCGUGUCAGUCCCUGCUCAGUGCAGUCACCUCUCUCUAGUAAACUCCUGCCAUGUGUCAUUGUACAAGAUGCUGCUUUUAGACACACUGGCAUGUAUUUUCCCAUGUGGGCAAAUCACAGGAAAAUUGCCCACUCCAUAGUAGACACAUUACAGUACAUGGGCAAUUUACCCACAGUGAAAAAUCAGGCCAGCUGUGUUCUCAUGCACACAAGCAGGGUGGGUCUGGAGUCUGGUUUCAUUUUUAGAAUUUAUUACUACAGCGCUUUGUCUUCAUUUUGCUAUCUGACUUGCACAUCCAAAAAAAAAAAAAAACUUGAAAUAUUAAAACUGUAAAUUAGUGAAGGGUCCUUAUACAGGAAAUAUACAUAGAACUUUUUGGUCAAAAGUGAAUUAUUGAAUCUUGAAAUUACGAGGAAGCACUGUAAGUAAAAAAAAACCGAGAACUCUAAAUCCACUACACCCUUGAGAUUUCUUCAAGAGCGAAGUCAAUCUCUUUUAAAAAAUAAAAUACAAAUUAUACUUUCAAACUCAAUUUAAGAAUACCUGGCAGUCAACUUUGCUUAGUGUCUGCUACCUCUUCUUAGGAAUAUUCCAGUAGUUUUCAGCAGGAGUGUAUCACCAGGAGCUGUGCUCUGGUUCGUCUGCUUUAGAUGGGGAAUAUGGAAAAACUCAAUGAAUUCCAAAUACAUUGCUGCAGGACAGCUGUCCAGGCACUACAAGUGAAAUGAGAUGGUGUCAUCCUCACCCACCCACUGCCAUUGAUACCUGACCCAUCCAUAUUGUAAUAAGCUGUCUCUAGCUCUAUUUGCUGUUUUUAUAUAAACAUGUUUUGAUGUGUGUA